GAAAAAAAAUCGUAUGUUGUACGAAUCAGAUAUAUAGAUAGAAUUAACAUUCCAGCGAGUGUCGAGGCACAUUUAAUCACAAUUGCUCAACUCGCACUCGCAUUUAAGCCCUGCGACAAGCCGACGCCACACCGUGUUGCUCUGGCAUCUCUCACGGCCACCUAUACCGACUCGGAGGGCGAGGACGGGGUGGAAGACGACCUUCAGGAGAAUUCGAACACUCCCCAGGGGGCCGCCCCGCAAAAUGCCCAAGUCGGUCAACCUCAGGCUCUCACCAGCCCCAAAUCUGGCCGAUCAGCCUCAAAUAGCCCCAACGUUGCCUCCAGUGUUGGUGGCAAGUUUAAUAGCAACUUGCCAAAUGCGCCCACCUUAGUGACGGACGUGACGUCGAAGGUGCAGAGAUUGGUUUCAUAUUUCGAUGACACAAUAGUCUCCGACGACGAGGGAGCUGUACCGGUAAUGGUCGAGGGCCAGAUUUCCGAGAAUGGUACUGGCCCUUCGGUUACCGAGCAGUCGCCCUCACGUCAAGGAGAGUUACUUUCAGAUGGAGAGGCGGACUCCUAUGGCGUGAUGAUACCGCCCGAGCCUCCAGGGCAAUGCCCUCCCGAAUUACAGGAGAAAAUUGCAAAGCUCUUUAGGAAAAUGGAAACUGGCGGUUUGGAUAUGAACAAAGUCAUACAACAGAGAAAAGACUUUCGAAAUCCUUCCAUUUACGAAAAGUUGAUUCAGUUUUGUAGCAUCAACGAAUUGGGUACCAAUUAUCCACCGGACCGUUUCGAUCCAUUCAAGUGGGGAAAGGAUUCGUACUACGAGGAGCUUGCUAUGGUACAAAAAGCCGAGAUGGAUAAAUUGGAAAAGGCGAGGAAGGAAAAGACGAAAAUCCAAAUAGUCUCGGGUACUGCGAAGCGGCCGAACAGCUCAUCAGCGACAGCGGAGGAUGAUGCGAAAAAGAGGAAAAGUAAGUGGGACCAAGUUGCAACUGGCACAACGUCAUGUGUUAAGCCCACUGUUUUAUUGUCCCAACCAACGUUAACGACGUUAACUUCAUCUGCUACUGGCACAAAAGCAACUGUUAUAUCAGCUUUCGGUUCGUUACCAAAGAAAAGACUGUAACAUAUCCUGUAAAUCUAAUGUAUAUAUACUGAUCGUUUAGUGUAACCAUUAUUCAUGUCCCAUCCACAUCGCGUAAUAAGAAUUACUGUGCUUCUGCCGAAAGCCAUUGAUUGUAUUACGGUUCUCAAACGAUAGCUGUUAAUUUUGUCUUAAUCUGGCCAUUGAACUUGAUCAUUGCAUCUUUGUUUUUUUUAAUUUUAUUAGAUUACUCAUCAUUUCUAGUAAUUAUUAUUACUGGAAACGUUCAUAUUGCCAAAUGUGUCAUAUCUUUGUAAAAAAAUGAAAGGUCAUAUGGGUUCGAUGAUUAACAGUUGUGACAUUUUUAUUUAUUAUAUUUGUUGUUCGGGCGUUAUUAUUACAUCAUUUUCAACUCAAGUAUACGAAUAAUACCGUAAAAUAAUUAUUGUCUUCACUAAGGGGAAAAUAACAAUAUAAAUAAUCUUUAACUAUUAACAACAUAAUAUCUUAUCAGAAUCUAAUUUUGGUCUAUUAUUAUUCUGCAUUUGUAGUUAAUAUUUAAAAACGUUACAUUCGAACUAAACUGCUUCAUCAUGUACUAAAAACUAAAACUCUAGAUACCCUUUGUUUUCUUUUAUUAUGCGUACACCCAUUUGCAAAUGAUAUGCAAUAUUUUAAGUGAAAUAUGACCUUCUUAAUAGCACGAGUAAAUUCUUGAUCAUUUUCUAAAAUUCAAUUGACAGAAAGAAACUUGAUUCCUGAACAUAGAUUAAUUUGUAAAAUUAAAGGUUUAGAAUAAUUUCUCUUAAUGUUGCCAAACCAGCAGCCAAUAUUAGAAUAGUAAAAUAAUCUGUGGCUUUUGGGGAUAAAUGUCUUAUAAUUCAAAUACCGAAUGUUCAAAAUAUCGAUGAGAGUAAAUGAAAUAAAUUACUUUUGUGUACACAGUUUCAAGCCAUUAUUGCUUCUAUACGAAUAAUAUUGGUUAAUUUCUUCGUACAUACACAUGCAUACACAAAUAUUUUAAAAAAUGUCUUGUAAUACUAUCACACACAAGGUAUUUCCUACAUGUGUUACAAGGUUUCACGAAUACACUUAUCAUUCACAGAUUGUACUUCAUCCAUUAUUUUUACUUCAGUGUGACUGUCAUCAACUUAACAAAAAGAAUUCUAAUACAAAAAAAAACAGUAAUAACGGGAGUCGUAUACUUUUUUGCACAGAUCUCACGUUGGUUAUAUCUCUGAAAAAAAAUUUAAUCUUGUCAAAAGUUAACUUCAGAUACAGUGAAAGCAAGAUUCGUUUUGGAUAGAAUCGAAGUGUUUCAUAGAUGACAAUAGUUUGAUACAUUGUAUCGAACAUAAUAUUUCAAAGUUUUCAUCUUGAUAGCAUUAUUGCAUAAGCAAUAUACAGAAAUCAAAAUACGGGAGAUCUUUUGAGCAGACAAAGUAUAAUGACAAUGGAUAACACGCACCUUUGUAUGAAUAUUAUCUGAACAACAGGUACACAAAGUAGACAAAUCUAUUUAAUUCUUUUGCAAACCGUAAAGUAAGUCAAUAUCUACAAAUUAUAUUUUUACAUAAGACUGCCGAAAUUCCAGGCCGUUUUGUGAAAUUAUAAUUAAGAAGAUGGAAAUGUUUAUUGUACUGUCACAGUGUAUAAAGUAACUGAUUGAUUGAUGUCAUUAUUCACUAGUUUAACAUAAAUAUUAAAUUAGUCUUAUGGUGUAUGAGACCGAUAAAAUGUAAAUUUAAAAACAAAUUUGUAAGCGUCACUAUCGCGAUCUAUUCGUGAUAUUCAUGCAAGGGUGCAGUACUAGGAAAUAGUAAGAGAGCCACUAUUGAACGUAAACGCAAAUAAAAAUUUGUCAUGUUAAGAACUUAAUAUUUACUGUAUAGAAAGACCUGUUAACAUGAGAAAUAUCUUGCUUUUCGUUGAUAAUUAUUUACUAGUAGGGAAUAACGUUAAGUUACAAUGAUGGAAAUUGAACGCAGCGGUUCAAUUGCUAUCAGAAACGUUGUACUUUGUAGUUUUCUACUGAUAACCCUACAACUUCGAUUUAGUAUAACGAUUGACUAUAUCUUAUAAUUGAAAUAAUGAAUGUUUCCAUCAGGAUGCUAAAUCGAAGUUGUAAACGAUUCCGACAAGUUGAUUCUUAGUGAUAGUGAAAAGUGAAAGCAAGAAUUGCCAUAUGACUUUGUGAAUGAUUCUUUUGACGUUUUAGAUUGUUUAUAUGCAUAUAUUACCGAUUUAUAACAACCUGUUAUGCAUAUAAUUAACUGAAACACUUUUUAGUUAAAGAAAACUGAUCAACGGUCUACUUUGUUGUGAAACUGGUAGUUCCUAUGUUCCUUUUCAUUAUAUACACAGACGCUAACUUAUGUAUAGUACUUGAUACGACAGAAAAUUGUGUAUAGAAAUAGUAUCGUAUAUUUUCUCGCAGGUCAAGGAUAAUAUUAUCUGUUACUACUGAAAAUGAAAAUGCAAAUAAUCUCUUGCGCAUUCAGAUAUGAUGCUCCUUUAAGAGUCUCAUUGUUCAAAGACAUAUGUUUCUUGAAUAAGUAAAUGUUAUUUCGACGGGCAACAUAUUUUGCGUUCAAUAUUGACCUAUCUUGACCAACAGCACAUGUGAGUUAUCAAUGUGCGGACACGAUGAGAAUUUACAAUUAACAAUGUAAUAUUCUUAAGCAGCGACAGAAAGGGCGUAAUGUAUUUUAGGUUGCAAUUGAUUUAAGACAAUUUAAUUACAAAUAGAUUCGAACAGUUAACUGAGAUGGAUAUGUUGAGAAAGAGAAGAACUGGGCAGAGGCGGUUAAAAUGAAAAAAAAUCAACAAUCAUUAUUUUGCGUUUCUUUAUUCGACGUCGAUUAAGAAGCGAAAAUUUAUUGUGUAUAUAAAAUAUUUUUAAAUGAAAA